AUGCCACAAAAGUGCAAAGAUGUUGACAUUUUCACUAUUUUCACAUUUGCAGAUGCCAUGCUGGAUUUAGGUGCUUCCAUUAAUGUCAUGCCUACAUUUUUUUAUAAAUCCUUGAAGCUUGGUGAUUUGAGGCCAACUAAAGUGGUCAUUCGGUUAGCAAAUCGGAGCACCGUUCAACCACUUGGAGUUUUGGAGGAUCUACUUGUCAAAGUUAAUGGUUUCGUUUUCCUUGAAGAUUUUUACAUUUUGGAUAUGGAAGAUGAUUCAUCUAGAUAUGGUUCUAUAUUGAUCCUAAGGAGACCAUUCCUCAUGACAGCCCAAACCAAAAUUGAUAUUUCUGAUUUUGAUUUUGGUUGUGAUGAUGCAUCUGUAUGUGCUAUUUGUGUAGAGAUUAGUGUUGCUCUUGCUGCAGGUGCAGAAUUCCAAGAGGUUGAUGUUGUAGUAGAUGUGGUUGUAUCAACAAAUGAAAUUGUGGUUGCAAGCCAACCUCCAUUGCCUUCCAUACUCCAGCUACCAUCUUCAGACUAA